AUGCAGUCAGAAUACAAAGAAAAACAAGAAGACGCUAACGGUAAGCUUCAAAGCGAUAUUCAAUGUACAUUUUGCUAAUUUAGUGAGCAAAGAAUAUUUCUCCAUACAACGUCUUAUAAUUUUCUUGCUGUAUGAAUAAUUAAUUAGCUAAGUAGGAUAAUGUUGUUCAGGGCUCUCAUAGUGAGCUUGGGCUACCUGUUGUUUAUCCAUCCUUGAGCAUAAUUAGCCGGAUUUUUUGCGUAAAACACCUUUGACGACGACAAUUUGCGCAGACCCACAGCAAUAACUUCGUGAAAUAUCCUUCGGGUAUUUACUAGUUACAAAGACCUCAUAUCAAUCUUUUGAAACCGCGAUACCGCAGGUUAAAAGCCACAUCAUUACAAAUUCUUGAGGCCUCCUUUGUCAAGUGAGUUAAGACAUAUUAAGGUUCAAUAACAAUAACAUUAUUAUUGUUAUUAUUAUCCCCUUUAUUAUUAGUAAGCUCAGUCUAAACUAAAACGAAUAUUUUCUUUUUUCAACGUACAGGCUUUGAAUGCCGGGGAAGCAGAGAUAUUCUACGUUAAGAAGUUGGGUUGUAAAAUGCCAGAUAAUGCCGGAAUCGGCUGCUUUUUUACAGCACUGAUGCCAUUGGGACAACAAGAAACGGGAAAAUGCGUCGCUUCAAAUAGCGAGAAGAAAUUGUCUUUGAAGACAUUUAAUAAAGACUCACCACAUCCGGAUACCAUUUUUCUCAUAAAAGAGGCGGUACCGGUCUAGCGGCGCUGCAUUUACGUGUAAAAUUUCCAAUUUUUGUGAAAUUAAAUUUUUUUUCCGGAAAUGUAAAAAUAAAGGAAAUAAGCUUUGGUUUUCAAAGCUAUAAUCAGCUUUUCCCUUCAAAACCCAGUAUAACUUUUUUUCGUAGGAUUAGAAACUCUGAAAGGUUAUGUUUUAUCCUCUAGGAGGUAUCAAAUUUUGUAGCUCUUCGGGGCAAAAAAAAGUAUGUAUUUUUAAUUGUCUUUGAAAUAUGUAACUAUGUUCAAAUAAAUUGUUUUUAAUAAACUCAGGUUUGCACGGAAAUAUAUUGCUUUGUUCUGUGUAGGGACUUAAUGAAAGUGAAGAUGAUCUUCCAGUAAAGAAUGGACAACCUAAGCAGUUGAAAAAGAACCUGAAAAAUUCAAGCAUUACCGGGAAUCGAACCCUGAUCGUUGCGAUGACCAGACACAACGCUCUAUACAUUGAGCUAAUCAGGCCAUUAACUGACAUGAAUCAUAUAGGGUCACUUUUAUUGUAUAGAAAGGAGAAUUACACUGGGAGAGGAGUGAUUGCCACCACAACCGUACGGUCAACAACCAGUAGUAUGAACUUGAAAGGGCGCCGACCUCGAAUAAGCGCCGCAUAAUCACAGCGGCAGUUUGGAGUGCUGAAAUUUUUUGACACAGUAAUUGCUGAAAUACAAGGGAGAAGACCCUAAAGUCAAACUUUAAAUGCAGACGCUGAUAUCACUAUUGCCACAAAGGCACGCCUUUAACUAACCGUUGAUCUUGCACUAAUUUUAAUAGGUUAUCGUUAUUUGGAUAAGACGAACAAAAAAGAAGAGGGGAUAUGUACCACACAAUUAGAAGUAAUAAAAGCGGGGUCACAAAAAGCCUCUCCCACAAAAAAAAAUGAUAAAAAAUUAAUCAUAAAAAUAAAAUAAAUAAAUAAAUAAACUGACCUCCUGUGUACCUGUGCCGUUAACCUUUCAGUUUUAACAGCUGGUUUCAAUUCAAAAACAUGAAAAAGACAGUCUUUAGCCUUGGUUCAAGACCAGCCUCAGCUUGGCUGUCUACUUCAUGUACCAUGUAAGGAGAUCAUAAAUCAUUAAAUAAUAUUUAGCUGGCACAGUUUGAAAAUAUUAGACCACCGAAAGUAGAUUUCUGCGCUGGAAUGGUAAGGUGGCAGGGAAAAAAUUUGAAUGUUCCGAUUAUAUCUAUUCAAUAGACCCUUGGCAUGUAAAGUUCACGUGACCUAUUUCAUGCCAAAAUUGUGUGAAAAUAACAGCCAAUGCACUAAUUGUUAUUACAUGAACACCAGUGAAAAUACCAGGUGAACGUUCGCGCGAAAACAGCAUGUUGUUUCCACACUUACAAAUCAGUUGUUGGCCUCACACUAGAAGCGAGGUUAGUUUCGAGCAAACACUUGAUUCAAGAGCACUUGGAAAUCUUAAGAGGUUCUGUAGAAACAUGGCUUCACACUUGUUGACAAAGUAUAUUACUUGAUGUAAAACCUGUCAAUCUCUCCGCUACUCGUGCACAUACUGCAUAUCGCUUCAAUUUCUCAUUGGUCAGGUAUGUUCUCAGGUGUGUAGCCCAUACUUGGCGGCGAACUUCAGCUUCUUUGAACUACGAACGUUUCCAUGGUCACCAAGUAGAGCUGAAGUAGGUACAUUUUACCCCUUCAAAGUAGGUUCCAACUCCACUUACAUUAUACUUAAGGCUCUAGUGUAAGGCCAACAAAUAUUACCACUGCUAUUGUUGCAUAAUAAAUCAUCACUUUCGCAGCCAAAAUCUGUUUGAUAUUUUUUACUGCUGUUUAUUAGAUAAUAAUUUUUGAAACUAAAAAGUACACAACAUUCAGAAACUGAAAAUCACCUAUACGCAAAGAGCGGUACCAAAAAUACUAAGGAAUUUAGUAAUCAAGUUUGUUCGUUCGAAACCGAUCGAAAGGUUUUCCGAAAGAAUCACAAGAAACUGAAACUUCGUUACAUUGAAAAAAGCAAAUAACUUCAAAAAUAGCAUGGUUAACGCUAUUCAUAUCAAACUAACCGCACAAUGCGUGGUAUUAUAAUGCAUCGAUAUUAUUUGAUAUGCAAAUAGGUUUGACGUGUUUUGAUACAUUUUUUCCUUUUUUCCCUUUUUCCUGCAUUUCUUUCAUUCUCAAUAAGAGAUAAGAUAACAUAAGCAUAUGAUAAUAUAUAUAUUUAACGUCCCUGAGCCGUAAAGCUCUUGUUAAAAGUGAUGGACAGUUAAAAAAAACUAAGAAUUAAGAAGACUAAAAAUUUAUAAAACAGGUUAAGUAGAUCGUAGAAUCAAUGCCGCAUAUCAAUAUAUGAAAUGAAUGAGUUUAAUUAUAAAAUUGAUAAAAAUGCGAAGCCUAUGUUUGUUAGCUCUACCUAAAGAGUCAUUGGGUUACACUGUACUCACGGGGCUUAAAGCUUGCGUUUGGCUCGCGCUAUCUUCAAGGAAAAAAGAUACAGUCCGUUUCGCAAAAAAUCAAGCUUUGUUUUCCCUAAAUUUUGCACCAUAUGUUGCCCCAAAAGACGUUAAAAGUUUCCACACAAUAAAAGAGUUUUUUGCUAGGGUUAAACAAGUUUGGCUUUCAUGAGUUUCAAUAUAAAGGUGCAAAGCCGUGCAAGAAAUUAUCAGCAUAAUUACAUUGCCAGAAAUUAGGGACAAGAUGGCGGUUGCGCGUGCGCACCAAGGCCACAAUGGCUGCGAAUUCGUAUAAGAGAAUGUAUGGAGAAAGGGAAACUUUUUCAAAUAUAUCGAUUAUGAGCUCACGGGUGUUCGGUGCACGACUCGAAACAUGUUAAGUGCUGUGUAACCUUUGCAUCUGGGUUAAAAAUAGCUAAUUAGAAGUAGGUUUACUUACUUCCCGAAGUGGCCACUUUUAUCUCUCGUUGUACGCUCCAUUUCUCCAUACAUUGUCUUAAAAUCUUGCCGAAGUCAUGCGAAAUACUCGUCGAUUAGAGGAUAAACCCUUCACUGAAGUAAAUUUGCACGACUCGAUAUCACUUCUGCGAUGGAAGAUGUUUCCAAAACAGUCGUUAAAAGGACGAUUUUUGCACUGGAAAAUACUUCCAAAGGCGCAUUUUUUCCCACAGUUUUCCAUCUGUAGUCCAGUAAUGGACGCCAUGGUUGCGAAUGACUUAUUUCGGUCGGACAAAGCUUCACAACUCCAAACCUCACGGAAUCGCCAUUUUGGUUGUUGCUACAACUCCAGAGAUGCUUCACGGGAUAUAAACUAGGUUCCAGGCAUUCAAAAAUCCUCGAUUAGCCUACCAGCCGCGUACUGUUUUGUUGCUAUCAGCCGCUCGGCCGAGUAUAAACCUAACAUUUUCUUGCAAGGUGUUUCAUUCCAGCCUUUUUCUUCGUAAAACAGAUCCACAGAGCUCAAAUUAUUUAAAAAAUCGCAGGGGAUACGCUUUCCCUGACUACGAUCGUUUUUGUCCGCCAUUUAGGAAAUGAGAUUCCGCUGACAAUUAAUCACGGGCGCGAAAUGUCCACUAUUUCUGGCAAUGAUACCACGCAAACGUUGUCAUCUAACUCCUCACACGUAGCCGGAAUAAGCCAUAGCGAAAAAUCGUCCUCAAAUGGUCUCGAUAACUAAAUUAUAAUUGACGUUGCGAAAGAAGCUAUUGUUUUUAUCCAUGUUACCCAUCAAAAAAGCGAGGAGUUAUCGCAUGACAUUAGGGAUAACAGAGCUAAUGCUCACGGGUUUCACGAGUUCUAUGCACUAUUUCUCGCCAGGAAACAAAUUUAAAACUUCAAUUCUUAUCUUACAGUAGUCAGUUCUUUUACCUUGCAUUCAACAACAAAUUAAAGGCGAACAAAGCGAUGAAAUUCGGGCACUCUUCUUUUAUAAGUAGCAAGCUGCACGAAGUAAAAUCCACCGAUAUGCACUGCAUUCUCACAACAAAUAUAAACAAAUGUCGUGGAGAAAAAAAGGGGAGGAGGAAAGAACGCCAGAUCUUCUGGAUCUUCGCCUCGGCAAUGUAUUCCAGCUACCAAGCUGGCGUAUCUGCAGAAGGUAGACUCGAAGUGGGACAAACCUUGCGAUUUGUUUAGAAGCCCUUUGCGCGCAAAAUAAUUUAUUUUGGCGCGAAAUAAAGAUUAACAAAAUGUAUACUGAAAUUUGAUACAUGACAAGAAAAUUUUCGCACUUUCGAGGAGCGCGACAUAUUAAAUGGGAUUAAGUCGGAUUAGCUCCCCGCGAAGAAAACAUCUCUGCGUGGAGAGUGAGGGCGGCGGGAGUUUUAUGAUUGAUUUGAUAACCUUAAAGAUGUUUUUCAAAGAAUAUGUGAGAAGUUAGUACGUAGGUUGUUGCUCAUGGGAGAUGUUAGCCACUAACACUACUACUUUAGGCUAAAUAAUAGGAAAAGAUCGAAUUAGAGAGUAAAAAUAUAGAAGAUGAUAAAGUUGAUUAGAUUUGACGUUGUCUUUUCUACUUGUUGAACGGCCAAACCAAAGUUAGCUAAUUAAUUAUGAAAAAAAUGAGUAGGUUUUGUCAUUUUUAGGGGGGGUCCCUGUAAAUACCAGGGAAUUCAAUAUUGGCGCCUUAAUUUUUGUCGAGGUUAAUACCUCACCACCCCCAUCAAUUGUGCCAAGUUUGAGGGAAACUCGUGAUUUGAGCAUUAUCACCCCCUGCCUGGUUCGAGUUUGCCUUUUGGUCGAGGGUCGAGGGUAACUAGUCGAGGGUCGAGGGUAAAUGGUCGAGGGUCGAAAAAUCCUCCACAAUUAUUUUUGAACGUCGUCAAAUCAAAAUUUCGUGUUUGCUCGAGUUUCCGGUGCCUGUUUUAUUCUUACGUUAACACCUAGGGGCACGUGUAUCAUUUGUCGUUGUAACACUCGAGUAAAUAAUAUUGAAUAUUGAUAGCACACACCCAGUGGUUUUGUUGUCUAAUAUUUCACUCGCUUAUGACUAAUCGAGGGUCGAAAAAUCCUCCACAAUUAUUUCUGAACGUCGUCAAAUCAAAUUUUCAAGUAGGCUCGUGUUUACUCGAGUCCCCGGUUCCUUUUUUUAUUUGUCUUGUGUUGCUUAUAACUUUUACACUCCCACGGUGAUGAAGGUGAUAUUACAUUAACAUCUAGUGGCACGUGCAUCAUGUAUCGUUGUAACACUCGAGUAAAUAAUAUUGAAUAUUGAAAGCAGAGACCCAAUGGUUUUCUUUUCUAACGUUUCACUCGCUUAUGAAAAGGCUGCUAAUCUCGUAACUUGCACUGUUUGUAUUUAAUAUUUCCCACGUCCACUAGAACCUUCCAGAUCAUAAUCUACCCAGCAGAUAAAAACAACUUUAUUGGAAUAAGCAGCAUUUUGGCAUGAGGUAAAAGUCGUGUAGGCCUACCACCCCCUUUUAUUGCUAAUUCAAAAAGAUGGUAAACACGAAAAUUUUCCCUGUUGUAUUAUUUUAGCGGACGCCUUUUGGUGGCUGUCGAUGUUUAGCGAGUAUGGGUUACAAUACCCCCUCCAUUUAAUAACCCAUCCUCUGAAAUCCAGGGAAAACCACUGGGUUUCUGCUAUCACUAUUAAAUAUUGUUUUCUUGAGUGUUACAAAGACUGACUGCCGUUCCUGGAAGUUUAGCAAUGAGAACGGGACCGCGUGAUAAUUGGGUGAUUAGUUAGCAUUCCGCCUGAUAAAACUAAAAUCCACAACCAGUUACAAUUUGCUCUCAGCAGCGCUUGAGCUUGGUUUACGAGAUUGGCGGUUGUAUUCUUUUUUGGCAGAAUCGAUAUAACCCAGAAGAGAUGUAUACCAAACGAACAGCGGAGAAACAAAAGUAAAGACGCGCUUUAGGGUGCUAAAAAGAAACAGACGAGUUGUAUGGCGUUGUUCUUUAUUUGAUACAGUCGAACAUCCGAUUGCGACCAGCUACUGUAAGCGACCGCCUCUGCUCAGCGACCAAUUUCCAAAAUACGAAAAGUUUCCACGUCAAAUCACUAUAUUGAAACCUCUUGUAUGCAACUACCUCUCUUAAAUGAUUCCGACCGCUUUUUAGAGCUAAAAGUUUGAAAUUUGCUUCUACUUUUUAACCAACUUUUUAACCAACCGUAAGUGAUCACUUGACAGAUAAGAGAGCGGAAAUUGGAUAAUAAGGUGUUGUAGCAUUAUCACAUUCUUAGGCAGUACAAGAGAUAGAAAUCUCUAAAAAAGGGAAGUACCGGAUGUUUUCUCGAAAUUGACUCUUUCUCAAAUCUAAAACUUUAAAGAAAAAAUGCACAUGCAUUGUGCUCUAUCUUAAAUCGAAUCUUAAAUGUCUUAUAGUUAAAGAAAAUUAGAGCUGAGAUCCUGCUUCAAAGUUCUCAAUCAACAGUUUAAUGGUAUUAUGAUAUUUAUUGAACUUCCUGUCACGCUUCUUUCCUUUGGUUGCUUUAUUUGGGAAUUUUAGGUUUUAAAUUGAAAAAAAAUUCAGAAAUAAUUGUGGAGGAUUUUUCGACCCUCGACCAUUUACCCUCGACCCUCGACCCUCGACCCUCGACCAAAAGGCAAACUCGCCUGGUUCUCUCAUGGACACAAUCUUAACUCAGUUUUGCAUGCGCAGGUCAGUUAACAUUUAUAUUUUUUACUUCGGCGAGCGUGAAGUAAGAGAUUCGCGACGCUUAGGAAUGUCUUAAUGUUGCUUUUUUUGGGACAAGAUUGGGUACUCAAAGUCCGUGGGUCUUCGGUCUGAAUCGGCUAUUUGACGAAGUGAGAGCUGGAUUAGUUCGGGAUAUCUCGCGAUCACUUCAAGUUCUUUGAUUUAUUCGUUAAUUUAUUGGUGUGAGAAAGGAUUAUUAUUUUGGUUUGUCCAGGGUUUGAGCCGACUCACAUAUAACCCGUCAGAUCAGACGAGACCCUAAGUUGAGGGAUUCACCGAUUGUGCCACUGCAACCCAAGGAAAAACUGAGACGUGAAAAAUAGGUACGAGAUAAGAUUGGGCACCCAAGUUCGUGACUUUUCGGCUUGUUUCGGGUAUUCAACGUAACGACACCGGAAUGAGAUAUCUCGAGAUCACUUCGAGUUCUUUCGGUUUCAAUAGAUAUUUCAGCGGAGCGCGAAGUAUGAAAGGAUUUGCGACGCUCAAGAAAGUCGUAAACGUGCAGUUUGUUGCCGAAGUGAGGGCGGAAGUUGUCGAGAGGUCUCGAGAUCAGCUCGAGUUGUUUAGUUUAUCUGAGGAAGAAAGAAAUAGUAUUUUUGGCUCGCCCGGGUUUUGUAGUGACUCAUCUUUGCUCCGUUAGAUGACGGAGACGAGCACUCGGCGUCCGAGGAUUAGUUAUUUUGGCCUUUUAAGAAACUGAGUGAGACCGGAAGUGGAGUUUUGCUAUUCGUGAAAAAUGAUUUUGCGCAAACUGUUUUUUGUAAGUGUAAAGGCAUUUAGCGAUACAAAUUUGGAAAUGUCAAAGCCUAUUAAAGGGGAAAAGCGUUCAGUUCCGGUUGACCUGCUUAGCUCAAAAAUGGCUUGUUUAUGUUACAUGUAAAAUCUUCCUAUUGAAUGUGCAGAGAAGAGGAUCGAAAUGCACCAAUCAGAGAUAGACAAUUUGAAGCGCCUGUUUCCUUAGAGGUCAUCUGAAUUUGUUGCUUCUUUGAUUUUAUUUCGUGGUUAGUUUAUUGAGUAGAGCGGAAUGGAUUAGCCUAUUAGGGACGAGUUGGAUGUUUUUGAUCCGAGUGAAUUGCGAAGUUAUAAGGAAUGAAAUGGGCAACUGUUGAAGAAGAGGAAGGUGUCAAUAUGUUGUUGAAAUACGUGUGUUGCGCGUGUUAUAUGGCGACUUCACAUACAAAUACACACACAAGUAUAAAAACACCUACUCUUCCAAACAAAACUAAAAGAAGAACAAUGAUAAUGAUGCCUAUCACAACGGUUACGAAACCACAUUUUGCUUCCCCUUGUUGACAAUCUAUCGCUUCGUCUGCACGCAUCGCAAACGACCUCACCUCUUCCUCUUUCGAAUGGCUCUUGCUGCAAUCAUCUUCAGUUGUCGAAAUCCCUGCAAAUUGUGUAACCUUGACUUUCUAAAAACUGAUUUCGUCAUGUCUCACUGUCUCAAUAAUUUCCUCUCAUUAAUCUUGAGUUCGCCGACCAGCCCACUCCGAAAACGCUUUAUUUCUUUUUUAGUGUGGGCCUACCUUGAAUAGUUUUUGUAUUGCGUGUUAUUGCUUUUCAUGUAAUAAUUUAUGCUGCGAUGCUGUACAUGGAUUAUCCUCGGUGUGGAGAUUGCAGUGCAUUUUCAACAAGGUUUGUAAGGGGGCGGUGGACGGGGUACUGAUGUUAGUUACGUUGCUGGAGAAGGAGUGGCGUUAACUGUACAUAACGGGCCCGUAGGAACGAAUUUGAAAGUGAGAGGGCGGAUACCCCCCCCCCCCCCCCCCCCCCCCCCCCCCCCCCCCCUUAUAACUUUUACACUCCCACGGUGAUGAAGGUGAUAUUACAUUAACAUCUAGUGGCACGUGCAUCAUGUAUCGUUGUAACACUCGAGUAAAUAAUAUUGAAUAUUGAAAGCAGAGACCCAAUGGUUUUCUUUUCUAACGUUUCACUCGCUUAUGAAAAGGCUGCUAAUCUCGUAACUUGCACUGUUUGUAUUUAAUAUUUCCCACGUCCACUAGAACCUUCCAGAUCAUAAUCUACCCAGCAGAUAAAAACAACUUUAUUGGAAUAAGCAGCAUUUUGGCAUGAGGUAAAAGUCGUGUAGGCCUACCACCCCCUUUUAUUGCUAAUUCAAAAAGAUGGUAAACACGAAAAUUUUCCCUGUUGUAUUAUUUUAGCGGACGCCUUUUGGUGGCUGUCGAUGUUUAGCGAGUAUGGGUUACAAUACCCCCUCCAUUUAAUAACCCAUCCUCUGAAAUCCAGGGAAAACCACUGGGUUUCUGCUAUCACUAUUAAAUAUUGUUUUCUUGAGUGUUACAAAGACUGACUGCCGUUCCUGGAAGUUUAGCAAUGAGAACGGGACCGCGUGAUAAUUGGGUGAUUAGUUAGCAUUCCGCCUGAUAAAACUAAAAUCCACAACCAGUUACAAUUUGCUCUCAGCAGCGCUUGAGCUUGGUUUACGAGAUUGGCGGUUGUAUUCUUUUUUGGCAGAAUCGAUAUAACCCAGAAGAGAUGUAUACCAAACGAACAGCGGAGAAACAAAAGUAAAGACGCGCUUUAGGGUGCUAAAAAGAAACAGACGAGUUGUAUGGCGUUGUUCUUUAUUUGAUACAGUCGAACAUCCGAUUGCGACCAGCUACUGUAAGCGACCGCCUCUGCUCAGCGACCAAUUUCCAAAAUACGAAAAGUUUCCACGUCAAAUCACUAUAUUGAAACCUCUUGUAUGCAACUACCUCUCUUAAAUGAUUCCGACCGCUUUUUAGAGCUAAAAGUUUGAAAUUUGCUUCUACUUUUUAACCAACUUUUUAACCAACCGUAAGUGAUCACUUGACAGAUAAGAGAGCGGAAAUUGGAUAAUAAGGUGUUGUAGCAUUAUCACAUUCUUAGGCAGUACAAGAGAUAGAAAUCUCUAAAAAAGGGAAGUACCGGAUGUUUUCUCGAAAUUGACUCUUUCUCAAAUCUAAAACUUUAAAGAAAAAAUGCACAUGCAUUGUGCUCUAUCUUAAAUCGAAUCUUAAAUGUCUUAUAGUUAAAGAAAAUUAGAGCUGAGAUCCUGCUUCAAAGUUCUCAAUCAACAGUUUAAUGGUAUUAUGAUAUUUAUUGAACUUCCUGUCACGCUUCUUUCCUUUGGUUGCUUUAUUUGGGAAUUUUAGGUUUUAAAUUGAAAAAAAAUUCAGAAAUAAUUGUGGAGGAUUUUUCGACCCUCGACCAUUUACCCUCGACCCUCGACCCUCGACCCUCGACCAAAAGGCAAACUCGCCUGGUUCUCUCAUGGACACAAUCUUAACUCAGUUUUGCAUGCGCAGGUCAGUUAACAUUUAUAUUUUUUACUUCGGCGAGCGUGAAGUAAGAGAUUCGCGACGCUUAGGAAUGUCUUAAUGUUGCUUUUUUUGGGACAAGAUUGGGUACUCAAAGUCCGUGGGUCUUCGGUCUGAAUCGGCUAUUUGACGAAGUGAGAGCUGGAUUAGUUCGGGAUAUCUCGCGAUCACUUCAAGUUCUUUGAUUUAUUCGUUAAUUUAUUGGUGUGAGAAAGGAUUAUUAUUUUGGUUUGUCCAGGGUUUGAGCCGACUCACAUAUAACCCGUCAGAUCAGACGAGACCCUAAGUUGAGGGAUUCACCGAUUGUGCCACUGCAACCCAAGGAAAAACUGAGACGUGAAAAAUAGGUACGAGAUAAGAUUGGGCACCCAAGUUCGUGACUUUUCGGCUUGUUUCGGGUAUUCAACGUAACGACACCGGAAUGAGAUAUCUCGAGAUCACUUCGAGUUCUUUCGGUUUCAAUAGAUAUUUCAGCGGAGCGCGAAGUAUGAAAGGAUUUGCGACGCUCAAGAAAGUCGUAAACGUGCAGUUUGUUGCCGAAGUGAGGGCGGAAGUUGUCGAGAGGUCUCGAGAUCAGCUCGAGUUGUUUAGUUUAUCUGAGGAAGAAAGAAAUAGUAUUUUUGGCUCGCCCGGGUUUUGUAGUGACUCAUCUUUGCUCCGUUAGAUGACGGAGACGAGCACUCGGCGUCCGAGGAUUAGUUAUUUUGGCCUUUUAAGAAACUGAGUGAGACCGGAAGUGGAGUUUUGCUAUUCGUGAAAAAUGAUUUUGCGCAAACUGUUUUUUGUAAGUGUAAAGGCAUUUAGCGAUACAAAUUUGGAAAUGUCAAAGCCUAUUAAAGGGGAAAAGCGUUCAGUUCCGGUUGACCUGCUUAGCUCAAAAAUGGCUUGUUUAUGUUACAUGUAAAAUCUUCCUAUUGAAUGUGCAGAGAAGAGGAUCGAAAUGCACCAAUCAGAGAUAGACAAUUUGAAGCGCCUGUUUCCUUAGAGGUCAUCUGAAUUUGUUGCUUCUUUGAUUUUAUUUCGUGGUUAGUUUAUUGAGUAGAGCGGAAUGGAUUAGCCUAUUAGGGACGAGUUGGAUGUUUUUGAUCCGAGUGAAUUGCGAAGUUAUAAGGAAUGAAAUGGGCAACUGUUGAAGAAGAGGAAGGUGUCAAUAUGUUGUUGAAAUACGUGUGUUGCGCGUGUUAUAUGGCGACUUCACAUACAAAUACACACACAAGUAUAAAAACACCUACUCUUCCAAACAAAACUAAAAGAAGAACAAUGAUAAUGAUGCCUAUCACAACGGUUACGAAACCACAUUUUGCUUCCCCUUGUUGACAAUCUAUCGCUUCGUCUGCACGCAUCGCAAACGACCUCACCUCUUCCUCUUUCGAAUGGCUCUUGCUGCAAUCAUCUUCAGUUGUCGAAAUCCCUGCAAAUUGUGUAACCUUGACUUUCUAAAAACUGAUUUCGUCAUGUCUCACUGUCUCAAUAAUUUCCUCUCAUUAAUCUUGAGUUCGCCGACCAGCCCACUCCGAAAACGCUUUAUUUCUUUUUUAGUGUGGGCCUACCUUGAAUAGUUUUUGUAUUGCGUGUUAUUGCUUUUCAUGUAAUAAUUUAUGCUGCGAUGCUGUACAUGGAUUAUCCUCGGUGUGGAGAUUGCAGUGCAUUUUCAACAAGGUUUGUAAGGGGGCGGUGGACGGGGUACUGAUGUUAGUUACGUUGCUGGAGAAGGAGUGGCGUUAACUGUACAUAACGGGCCCGUAGGAACGAAUUUGAAAGUGAGAGGGCGGAUACCCCUCCCCCCCCCCCCCCCCCACCCCCGCCGUCUAAAAAGUCGUCAAACCCCGUUAAUACGGGCACCGAGAGGCCAUAGAAAGUGUCCGUUUUAAGUGGGUUGAAUUUA